CAUGCAUUUGACUUUUAUUGACGUCCAGAGCUACGCCAUGAGAUGGUUGGCAGUAUUGAUAACAUGUCCUACUGUGUCUGUGUGGUGUCCUGCUGUCAACAGUUGCGUGUUAAAGCUAGCCCCGGGUAAUUGUCCAGUCGUUUGGUGGAUCGAUCCUUGCAUUUUAUGAGUCCUGCUUGCAACAGAUUGGAGAGACACUCACUGUAGCUAUGCUCAGAGAUGGGUUGCCGAUCUCUUCAAUCUGUGGAAACAAAACUUUAAUUAUACCAAAUAAUCGGUUCUUUCUGAAGCAAGUGGAACAGACAACCUAGUUGAAAUCAUAAGGAUAUGUGAAACAGAAGAUGGGGGAUUGGAACUUGUUGGGGAGUAUCUUAGAAGAGGUACAUAUUCAUUCAACCAUUGUGGGAAAAAUCUGGCUAACCAUCCUUUUCAUAUUCCGGAUGCUCGUACUUGGUGUGGCAGCAGAGGAUGUUUGGGAUGAUGAGCAGAGUGAGUUUGUGUGCAACACGGACCAGCCUGGGUGUAAGAAUGUGUGCUAUGACGAUGCAUUCCCCAUUUCUCUUAUCCGAUACUGGGUGUUACAAAUCAUUUUCGUGUCCUCUCCCUCUCUGGUGUACAUGGGACAUGCACUGUACCGUUUGAGGGCCCUUGAAAAAGAGAGACACAAGAAGAAAGCUUUCCUGAAAGCAGAGCUAGAGGGCGCUGAGCCUGUUGAUGAAGACAGACUGAGGAUGAUAGAGAAGGAGCUGAGGAAGCUGGAGGAACAGAAGAGAGUAAGGAAAGCUCCACUCAGGGGCUCCUUGCUUCGCACAUAUGUUUUCCAUAUCUUGACAAGGUCAGUGGUGGAGGUUGGCUUCAUAGUGGGACAAUAUGUACUCUAUGGAAUUGGGCUGGAUCCUUUGUACAAAUGUGAGAGAUUGCCUUGCCCAAACAGUGUGGAUUGCUUUGUGUCCAGACCAACUGAGAAGAACAUUUUCAUGAUCUUCAUGCUCGUCAUCGCUGGGGUUUCUUUGUUUUUGAAUCUCCUCGAAAUAUUCCACCUGGGAGUGAAGAAAGUCAAACAAAGUCUGUAUGGAAAUAAAGGUGCAGAUGAUGACAGCAUAGUAUACAGGUCCAAGAAAAACUCCAUGGUCCAGCAGGUGUGUGUCCUUACAAACUCAUCUCCCCAAAAGAUGAUGCAGUUCACUCAGACGGCCUACACAAUGGAUGCUGUCCCAUCGUACAUGCCUUCAGUAGCUCCUCACAACGAUGGUGGUGGCACCAACGGUUCAGAGCAGUAUCCUAGACAGCUGGGGGCCGUGGAGCGCCGCUACACUCUGGACCAGAGGAACCACUCAUGCACCAGUGAUGACUCCAACGGACUUAAAGGCUCAGGCCACCCCAGGCACGACGGAGCACAGCCACCACCUUCCCUCAUGGCCAGCCAUAUGGAGAUACCAGCAGCCCUGCAGAACCAGCUGCGCAAACAGAGCCGGGUCAGCGCUCUGCAGGACUACAGUGACGUGAGUGAUUCACCUGACAGUGACUACUAUCCCACGGCGAGGAAGGCUAGUUUUAUGUCCCGGGGACUCUCUCAGACCAACCUGGCCAGUCCUCCUGAUAGCCCGAACUCUGGGAGUGGGGCGGACACAGAGGCCAAGCGUAUCGCCCAAGGAGAGAGCCCACCUAUGACCCCACCUCCAGCUAGUGGACGAAGAAUGUCAAUGAGCAUGAUUCUGGAAUUGUCUUCAAUCAUGAAAAAGUGAGAACUGGCUGAGGGACCAGAAGGAUCUGGGGACCCUGAUCGCAAAGCGACACUCCCUUCUAAUUGCCUAAUUGUAUUCAUAAUAACAUAUGUAUAGAGCUCGCCAGCUUGUAAUCCUAAAACCUGGAAAUUAUUUACCACUGUUUCGUUCAGCCAUUCCUAUGGGGGAAAUGAAUGGGGCUUUGGGAUAAAUGAGAUAAUAUCAUUCAGUUAACAUUACCCUUAUGAAUUAUGAGCUUGUUUUGAUUAUAUAAUUGCUUCAAAAUUCAGAAAAAGUGACGUUAGCUGUUGAAGAUUAUAUCAUAGAACAAAACGUAUAAGACCUCUACUAAGAUUGCGUUUAAUACAGGCCUUAUUUUCGGGAUUUAUCCAAAAUGCCUCCAAAAUAUGCCAUUCAUUUCCCCAUAGGCUUUGGCCAACGAGCCAUGUCGGAGUUAGUUUCUACAAAAAGACGGCAUUACUAUUGCUCUCUAUUGUAGAUGGGAAGUAAACGCUUUAGUACAAUUAUGUUGGCAUGGGUAGUUCUAAUUUUGUAUUUGUCACAUGCUAUCUUUGCAAUAAACAUCUGCGGUAUCACAUUUAAUAGAAUUUCUGUGGAAUGUAUGACUGCAAGCUACUUGUAAUGACAUUUUGCACACGUUAAAAUGACAUUUGGCUUAAAGUGAGCAUGUUCAUAUGAUGAGACAAUGGCCUUCUAAGGAAAUUCUACAUUUUUAAAAGACUCAUAGUUUGUGAUCGCUAAUACACUUAAAACACUGUGGGAUAUGAUAACCUCCACUUUACAAAAUAUUUUAUCAAAAAAAUGUAAGAAUGAUUUUUGGAAGCACUUUGAUAUUGUUUACCGUACAGAAUGAUGAUAAAGUUGGAGA